CCUCAGACUGCCUUCAUGUCCCGCCUGACGUCACUGGUGCUGGGGUUAAAGGCGUGGGAUUCCAAGUGCUGGGAUCACCUUUGUGACACGGGGGUCGGGAAAUCAAGCAUUGUGUGUCGGUUUGUCCAGGACCACUUUGACCACAACAUUAGCCCCACCAUUGGGGCAUCUUUUAUGACCAAAACUGUGCCUUGUGGAAACGAACUUCACAAAUUCCUCAUCUGGGAUACGGCUGGCCAGGAGCGGUUCCACUCACUGGCGCCCAUGUACUACCGAGGAUCGGCCGCAGCCGUCAUAGUGUAUGACAUCACCAAACAGGAUUCAUUUCAUACCUUGAAAAAAUGGGUUAAGGAGCUGAAAGAGCACGGCCCAGAAAACAUUGUGAUGGCAAUUGCUGGGAAUAAAUGUGACCUCUCAGAUAUUAGGGAGGUGCCCCUGAAGGAUGCUAAGGAGUAUGCUGAGUCCAUAGGUGCCAUCGUGGUUGAAACAAGUGCGAAGAAUGCCAUUAACAUCGAGGAGCUCUUCCAAGGAAUCAGCCGCCAGAUCCCACCGUUGGACCCCCAUGAAAAUGGAAACAGUGGAGGGAUCAGGCUUGGGACCCAGAGCUUGCAGGCCAGCCGGCGGUGCUGCUAACCCAAGGGCCAUGGCAAAUGAAGCUCGGAGGAAGAAGCCCGAGCCGUCUCCAGUGUCAGGUGCACACAGAAGGACCCUAACCUCCGGACUAACUGCCUGCUGGAGAGUGAGCAGCAUUGCAUGCUGGGAGACCAGUAGCAUGCUGGGCUGGGACAUUCCCUAAAGAGAGGAUAGAAAACUCGGGAAAACUCACCUAACCACCACAACAUGGCCUUCGGUUUAUGAAACGCACACGGCAGGGGUUGCACUUACUAGGUAAUAGGUAUAGUUGUCAUUUUUGUUAAGAAAUACUAGAAAAUUUCUGGAUUUGUUCACAAACCUUGGUGUGCUGUUCUCUGACUUUCCUCGUCACCUAGUUAGAUUACAGUAAUUUCUCCGGGACCAGGGCCUUCUUCUCUGGACAGUUCACCAAAAGGCAAAGGCAUAGGUUGGCUUUUAGCUGGCUUUGGGAGAAAGCCCUUAUUAGUUUUCUGGGGGAACUCAGAGAAGUAGAGCUGGUCAUUUGAACUGAGAAUUGACCUUCUGCAAAAGAGACAAAAGUUGUAUCCAAAACUGUCGUUUGUGUCCCUUUUCAUGUAACCGAUGAACUUUUUUCUAAAGUAUAGUCAUACGUAAACCAGCCAAGUCAGACUGGAACAUGACAUAUCAUUUUGGGGAUGGGGGCCCAGUUUAAAAGAGUUAAGUAGUUGGUAUGUAAGCCGUAGUAGGUGGAGGAUAUAAACAGCAUCCCAGGUGCCGCCCAGCUUUCGUCCUCUCCACUGCAAUGGUUUCUACUCUUGGAGAUGAUUAAUCCCAGGGCACUGUUUUACUAGGAGACUCUAUCAUAGUGCCAUGUCUAAGGGGAAAAAACUAAUCAGAGGAUGUUGAGUCUAAAUUGUAGGGCAAACUUCUAUUAAUAGCAGCUAACCAUGGUUGUAGCCGGCCAUCCAGAGGAAUGUUACCAUCUUAAAAUUCUGCCCCUCAACCCCCGUGGAGGUAUAAAAUCAGAAUUACUUUAAUCUUUCCAGCUUUGGAGAGAAAGGCCAUCAAGCAGACAGAGCCAGGUUCCUGUCACGGACAGUGCUUGUCAACUCCAGAAUGUGUACGUCCACAGAUGGUUCUUCCUGCUUCUCCCAACCUGGGAGUUAAUUGAAUCUUAGAAUACGGAGGAUGGAAAAAUCCUUGUCUUGAUUCAAGAGUGUCCUCCAGUGUCCCAUAGCAGGCAUCUCAAACUCUGUUAGCAAAUGGCAUCUGUAUGUUGUGACAGGGCCUCUAAAGACUGUGAGUCCUGUCCCAUGUUGUCAGCAUCACUGGCUGAUAGGACAUUGGUUAAUCCACUCACUACAGGUGAAACAAACAAAAAACAAUAGAGUUGAAAUGGAAAUUGCCCCUCUCCAGGUAGUACCAGGCUUAUGUUGAACCUUCCCCUGUUUUAGGGAAUCUUCCUGGGAGCUUGCCUUUAUCUAGCUGGCUGCCUAGAUUUCCAAGCUGAGAUGGUACUGUCCCCAGAAGAGAAUGUCAUGUCUCUGGACUGGGGUUUGCAGUGGCUGAAUUUUGCAUGAACUGUCUGGGCUUCACCCUAACAGUGAGCCACUCUGAGUGUAUUGGAGAAGCACACGAGGGAACAACACCUUGCUUUUCCUGGGCUGCCUUGCCAUUGAUGUCAAAGCCAGGCAGAGGGAAAAUAUGAUUAUGUGUCACCACCAUGAGCAAAGAGUAUGUGGCCUUGGGCACACAAAUAUUCAUACCAUCUUGGGCCUUCUCUGCAGAUACAUCUGUAAGCCUUUGGUGCCUUUCCCCCCUCGGCUUGGGACUCCAUCUGGGCUGUUUUUACCAAUUGAAUUUUAAUCACAGAAAAGCAUGUAAAGACCUAGAAAUUACAAUUGUUCCAGACACAGGCUAUAGUUUCCUUAUCAUUGUUCCCCAAAUUCCCUUCCUAACCUCUCCCAUUUUCUUUGUCUCACAUGUGGCAGGUUUGAUGUGUAAAUAUGACGGAUGUUGGCUACACCCACAUGUAAUCCACUUCAGAGUGGCUGGGUUUGGCUCGUGACCUUGUGUCUGUAAGUGAGGCACAUGCUGUCAAAGGGAGUCUUUCCCAGUAGAAAUCCCUAAGGACAGUGGUAGAGUUGGGCAAAAGUUUUACAUAGGUACAGAAUCGACUUGCCGUUUUUUUUUUGGUUAAAAAAAAAAAUGGUACAUUAAGGUACUGAAUAUGAUGUCACCGUGCAGAUCAACCUGAAUUCUCGCCAAUUGUAAGGGAAAGAAUGGGAAUCCCACUCUUUCCUAAGGGAGGUCUGGAGGAUUGAGACGCUCCCUGUGGCGUUAAGGACUGUGGUCUGUGUAGGUGUCCCUCCUGGCUGCUCUGCAGGGCUCAGGGCAGGGAGUAAGAAGCCAGCCUCAGCCAAGAGCUCUGGCUGUGUUCAGGCCCCACCAUGCCUUUCACUGUCAUUGUGACACCCAGUGACCCAGCAGUCAUGCCAUCACACAGACCAUCACCCUUCCUGGUGUUUCUGUGAAGGGUUCCUGCUUGGGCUGGACCCAGGUUUUGCGCCUAGACAACCCCUCCCCAGACACCUAGGACCUUCGCAUCUUGUACCCUGUUCUACGAGUUUCCCUCGCACUCAUGUGUAUCCGUUGCUUUUGAUUUUAACCCAUACUAAUAAAUAUUUUAAGUUUUA